AUGAAUAUGGACAUACCAUCGAACGCCUUCGGGACCCUAAGCAAGCUCCCAGCUGAGAUCCGACAUCUCAUCUAUGAGAAUAUAGUACUUGGCGGCUUCAUUGCGUGUGACAGAACUAAAGGGUCAGCAAAGUCUUUUGAACACACACAGCUAGGAAUUUUGAGUGUCAACAGCGCUAUUCAUGCCGAAGUUCAAGACACCUUGCGCUUGCACGGGCAAUACUUAAUCGAAGUCUACAUCAGCGAACGUAGGCAUAACGUUCCUAGCGAAGAAACUCUGACGGCAAGUGGAGAAGCCUAUGGGCAUCACGCUAAGUUACGGAUUUCGUUUGACGGUUGCUGGCCCAAUGCCUUAGAACACGAACCAAGCCUCGACCAAUCUUAUCCCAAUGACCAAAAACGCGAAUGGCUAGCAUCUCUAGCUCGGGACCUUGGCGUGGGCAGAGACCUGAAGCAUUUGGAGAUUGAGAUUCCGAUAUCCAUGAGAUCAAUCAGCGAUGACAUGGCCAGGAUCUCACGAGGACUCCAUUUCGAUACAUUUCUCAAGCAACUUCAGGGACUCUCGAGUGUGACGAUCAACGUGACUUGCCAUGAGAGUAAUCCAUGUUUGAGGGGAUACGAGGAUCGAAUAGAGGAGAUUAAAAGUAUGACUGUGCGAAAAGCAGUACUAUUGCUUCAAGGAUAUUUUGUGGAACACUUAGGACCAUGCUACGCUGUCCAGGUGUGUGGAAGUAUGGAGGGUCACUUUCAAACUAGCUUUACCGGCAAGAUCAUUCUCCACUUUUUGGAUGCGAGCCCGGCUGUAGGAGGCUCUUACAUAAAGCAUAACUUAUGCAGUUGUGACCCUGAGAUUAUAUGUAAAUGCCAUGAGAAAGAAGAUAGAUAG